AUGGAUUUCUCUGAGCUGCCCAAGAUCGGGGAUGCGGAAAAGGAGAGCGAAUUGGGGUUUGUCCAUGGCGUCUCGGGGCCUGUGGUGAUUGCCUGCAAGAUGGCCGGCGCAGCGAUGUACGAGUUGGUCCGUGUUGGCCACUUUGAAUUGGUGGGUGAGAUAAUCCGGCUGGAUGGAGAUCUGGCCACCAUCCAAGUGUACGAGGAGACCUCGGGGGUCUGCGUAGGGGACCCCGUGCUGCGAACGGGGAAGCCGCUCUCCGUGGUCCUUGGGCCUGGGAUCAUGGGCUCCAUCUUUGACGGGAUCCAGCGUCCGCUGAAGGACAUCACCGAGCUUACCAAAAGCAUCUACAUUCCCCGGGGGAUCAACAUUUCCGCUUUAUCCAAGGACCUGAAGUGGGAUUUUAAGCCGAGUUCCAACAUCCGGGUUGGGAGCCAUUUAACCGGUGGGGACAUUUAUGGCGCGGUGCAUGAGAAUUCCCUCAUCAAACAUCUGAUCAUGGUGCCGCCUCGGAGUCGUGGCACCGUCACCCACGUUGCCCCAGCUGGGAACUACAACAUUUCGGAUGUGGUGUUGGAGCUCGACUUCGAGGGUGUCAAAGAGAAACUGACCAUGAUGCAAGUCUGGCCCGUCCGGCAGAUCCGUCCGGUGUCCGAGAAGCUCCCGGCCAAUCACCCACUGCUUACUGGCCAGAGAGUUCUGGAUGCGCUCUUUCCGUGCGUCCAAGGUGGCACCACGGCCAUCCCAGGUGCCUUCGGGUGCGGGAAGACGGUCAUUUCCCAGUCUCUGUCAAAGUACUCCAACAGUGAUGUCAUCAUCUACGUGGGCUGCGGAGAGCGUGGGAACGAGAUGUCGGAGGUGCUCAGGGACUUUCCCGAGCUCACCAUGGAAGUAGACGGGAAGACGGAGACCAUCAUGAAGAGGACCUCGCUGGUGGCCAAUACCUCCAACAUGCCUGUGGCUGCUCGGGAAGCCUCAAUUUACACGGGAAUCACCCUUUCGGAAUAUUUCCGAGACAUGGGAUACCAUGUUAGCAUGAUGGCUGAUUCCACCUCCCGCUGGGCGGAAGCCCUUCGCGAGAUCUCUGGACGUUUGGCUGAAAUGCCUGCAGACAGUGGGUACCCGGCCUAUCUGGGUGCCCGCUUGGCAUCCUUCUACGAACGGGCCGGCCGUGUCAAGUGCCUGGGCAGUCCGGAGCGAGAGGGGAGCGUCAGCAUCGUUGGAGCGGUGUCCCCUCCUGGUGGGGAUUUCUCAGAUCCGGUCACCUCCGCGACCCUGGGGAUUGUCCAGGUCUUCUGGGGCCUGGACAAGAAGCUGGCGCAGCGGAAGCACUUCCCCUCCGUCAACUGGCUGAUCAGCUACAGCAAGUACACCCGGGCGCUGGACGAGCACUACGAGAGGCUCUACCCGGAGUUCAUCUCCCUGAGGACCAAGGCCAAGGAGAUCCUGCAGGAGGAGGAGGACCUGGCCGAGAUCGUCCAGCUGGUGGGGAAGGCAUCUCUUGCUGAAAGCGACAAGAUCACCCUGGAGGUAGCCAAGCUGAUCAAAGAUGACUUUUUGCAGCAGAACGGCUACUCCUCCUACGACAGGUUCUGCCCUUUCUACAAGACGGUGGGCAUGCUGCAGAACAUGAUCACUUUUUAUGAGCUGGCCCGCCACGCUGUGGAGUCGACCGCCCAGUCUGACCACAAGAUCACCUGGGCCAUCAUCCGGGAGAACCUGGGCGACAUCAUGUACAAGCUCAGCUCCAUGAAGUUCCAGGAUCCAGGAAAGGAUGGUGAGGCCAAGAUCAAGGCCAGCUACGCUCAGCUGAACGAGGAGAUGCAGAACGCCUUCCGCAACUUGGAGGACUGAACCUGGAGGCUGGGAAGGGGCU